AUGAUCAUGAAGACUGUACUGAGUACCGCAGCGUUUAUCGUGUUGUUCGGAUUGGCUCCGGCCUCGUUCGCCGUGGGGCACGAGUUGUGCUCUUCGUGCGAUACGUCUUGCGCCACGCCCUGCCAAACCUAUCGCAUUGAGACACAGACAGUCUAUGAAGAGCAGCCGGUUACUGCUUACCGCAUUGAAACCGAAAUGCAGUACGAAGAACAUCGCGUUACGCGUUUCCGACCGGUAGUCGAAACCGAAAUGCGUGAACGACGCUACACCGUGGCUCGCCAGGUGGCUGAGACUUCGGAGCGAGAAGAGUGCUACACCGUUCGCCGCCCGGUUUAUGAAACUGAGAUGCGCGACACCAGCUACACCACCAUGCGAAUGGUGUGCGAAACGCACGAACGCGAAGAACGAUAUACCACGAGCCGCCCCGUGUGGGAAACGCACGAACGCGACGAAUGCUACACGGUUCGCCGCCAGAUUGUGGAAAACCACGAGCGGGAAGAAUGCUACACCGUGAUGCGGCCCGUGACCACUUACCAAACCAACUACGUCGAUCAGGGCUGCUACGAGAACCAGGUCACCUGCAAGCCUGGCAAGAUCUGCCACAAGCUGCGUUGCUUGCCGAGCGGUUGCACAACCGACCCCGUGACCGGGCAGACCUCGUACUUCCGCGGCGGCCUGUCUUGGGUUCCCGUACAGGGUCCCCCACGCACCGAAGUCCAACAGGUGUGGCGUCCGAACAUCGUUGCGCAGCAGGUGCCCGUCACGGUGAUGCAACCGCAGACCAUGGUUCGCAAGGUUCCCUUCCAGACUUGUCGUUACGUCGACGAGCAAAUGGUCCGCAAGGUACCCUUCCAGGUUUGCCGCAUGGUUUGUGAAGAGCAUGUGCGUAAGGUCCCCUACACCGUGCAACGCCCCGUGUACGAACGGGUUGAACAGCAAACGCCGGUGCGAACCUGCCGUUGGGUCGAAGAGCAAAUGGUCCGCAAGAUCCCGGUGACCACCUUCCGCACGGUCUGCGAAGAACGCGUCGAACAGAUUCCGGUUCGGGUUUGUCGCAUGGAAGCUUACGAAGAAACCGUCCGUGUUCCGCGGUGCGUCGAGAAGCGGGUUGAAAUGAACUACGUGCGUCGCGUGCCACGGACCAUCGUCCGACGCGUUCCGCUCGAUCCCUGCGGCAACGAUCUGGUCUCGCCCAGCGUGAUUGUGCCCGCCUCGCCGGCCCCCAGCACGUUGGUUCCGGCCCAACAGGCUCCGCCGACCAGCUCGACGCAACCCAUGUCGCCCUCGAACGAGCCGACUGUGGCCAAGCCGGAAUCGGAAGCCGAACCUUCGCUCGAAGGUGGUGCCGACCAGCGUCCUUCGCUGAGCGACGAAGAGGAUGACUUUCGAGCCACCGGCAUCAUGUCUUCUAAAGAUUCUCAGCGUCCCGUGUGCGAGCAACCGACCAGCGAGCGAGAUCCCCUGAUCGAGCGUCGCGUGGCGAUCGUUGGCAAGCUCGCAGGCAUGACACGACGCGAAGCCAAGCAGCAACUUCGGGCCGCCGGUGCGCUGCCGGUCGACUCGCUGGAUGAGACCGUCGAUCUGGCCAUCGUUGGUGAGCAAGAUCUUGUGCUCAGCGAUGCCCCGGCCAUGGCCGAGUUGUUCGACGGUGUGGCCCGCGAAGCGGCCGACGAAGGACGGCUCGAGGUGAUCAGCGAGACCGAACUCUGGCACCGCCUCGGGUUGCUCGAUACCGAACAAGGCGUUCGUCAGCUUUACACGCCUGCCAUGCUGGCCGAACUGCUGGGCGUUUCGGUGGCCAUCGUGCGUCGCUGGCAUCGCCGGGGUUUGAUCACUCCCGUGCGCGAAGUACACAAGCUGCCGUACUUCGACUAUCAAGAAGUGACAACGGCCAGAAGACUCGCAUCGCUGCUGGCCGACGGCGUUCCGCCGCGCCGACUGGAAGAACAACUCGAUCGGCUGGGUCGCUGGCUGCCCGAUGCUGAACGUUCGCUGGCCCAACUCUCGGUGAUCGUCGAAGGUAAACACAUCCUUCUCCGCCAGGGAGACGGACUGGUCGACUCCGGCGGGCAACUCCGGCUUAACUUCGACGCCAGCGAAGAAGCCGCCGAGGACGAUGCCCAGGCGUUAAGCGUUUCGCAAGAAGAGAACGCCGGGGCGUCUUCCACUGCUACCGAAGCUGAAGACUUUAUCGCCACGCCUAGCGACUUGGUGGAACAGGCCGCCGACUUCGAAGAUCAGGGCGACCUGAAGACUGCCGCCGAGCUGUACCGCGCGGCGUUGGCUGCCGGCGGGCCCAAGGCCGACAUAUGUUUCCUGCUGGCCGAAGUGCUGUACCGCCAGGGUGAUAUUCCCGGUGCCCGGGAACGCUAUUACAUGGCGAUCGAGCUGGAUGAGGACCUGGUCGAAGCCCGCAAUAACUUGGGCUGCGUGUUGCUCGAAACCGGCGAGACUGAGCUGGCCGUGGCGGCGUUCGAAGGUGCCCUGCUCCACCACGAAGACUACGCCGACGCGCAAUAUCACCUGGCCGAAGCCCUCGACCUGCUCGGCCGCAGCGAAGAAGCGGUCUCGCACUGGCAGCGCUUUCUCAAGUUGGCCCCCGAUAGCCCCUGGGCCGACAAAGCCCGAUCGCGGGUGGAAGCCAACCCAGCGACGAGUUAG